GAGCCGCGGGCGGCCGAGCCGGGCCGUCGCCCCGGCGCCGCUGGGAGAGGCCGGCGCGGAGGGGAAGGGGCCGGCGGCUGCGGCGGCCAAUGCGAAACUGGCUGGUGCUGCUGUGCCCCUGUGUGGUCGGGGUCGCGCUGCACGUCUGGCUGCUGCUGAGCUGCCCCGGGAGCCACCCGGCAGGUCCACUGUCCUUCUUUCCUCAGUGGAAGCUGAAACAUUAUGAUGUUAUUGUAGGAGUUUUGUCAGCUCGACACAAUCAUGAACUACGCAGUGUUAUAAGGAACACUUGGUUCAAGCACCUGAAACAACAUCCUGCCCUGAACCAACGUGUCCUUGUGAAGUUUAUAAUAGGUGCGCAUGGUUGUGCUGUGCCAGUGAAGGACAGAGAAGACCCCUACUCCUGCAAACUUCUGAACAUCAGUAACCCAGUUUUGAAUCAGGAAAUUGAAGCAUUCAGUCUCCCUGAGGACAUACCUUCUGUGCUGUCUGAAGACAGAAUCGUCAGUGUGAACUUCCGUGUACUUUACCCCAUUGUCAUUACCAGUCUUGGGGUAUUUUAUGAGGCCGAUGGGGUGGGAUUCCAGAGGAACAUCACUGUAAAACUGUACCAGGCAGAACAUGAGGAAGCAAUCUUCAGUGCUCGCUUUAGUCCACCAAGCUGUGGAGUGCAGGUGAACAGAUUGUGGUACAAGCCAGUAGAGCAGUUUAUUUUGCCAGAGAGUUUUGAAGGUACCAUUGUGUGGGAGAGCCAGGAUCUUCAGGGCCUGGUUUCAAGAAACCUUCAUAAAGUGAUGGUGAAUGAUGGAGGAGGUGUUUUCAGAGUCAUUACAGCAGGGGAAGGGUCACUGCCACAUGAACUCACAGAAGGUGUGGAGGGAAUAGCAGGUGGUUUUAUCUACACUAUUCAAGAAGGUGAUGCUCUUUUAAAAAGCCUCCAUACUCGCCCAGAAAGGUUUACAAGUCACAUAAAAAACCUUGAAAAAGAAGAUGCUUUAUUGAAGGAAGAAAGCAGUACCUAUGAUGACAUUGUUUUUGUAGAUGUGAUUGACACUUACAGAAAUGUUCCCUCCAAACUGCUGAACUUCUACCGAUGGACAGUUGAAUCAACAAGUUUUGACUUGUUGCUGAAGACGGAUGAUGACUGCUACAUUGAUUUGGAAGCUGUUUUUAACAGGAUAAUGCAGAAAAAAUUGGACAGGCCAAACAUUUGGUGGGGAAAUUUCAGACUAAAUUGGGCAGUUGAUCGAACUGGGAAAUGGCAAGAACUGGAGUAUCCAAGUCCUGCAUAUCCAGCCUUUGCUUGUGGGUCUGGCUAUGUCAUCUCCAAAGACAUUGUGCAGUGGCUAGCAAGCAACUCUGAAAGAUUAAAAACGUACCAGGGUGAAGAUGUGAGCAUGGGCAUCUGGAUGGCAGCUGUAGGACCCAAGCGAUAUCAAGAUGGUCUCUGGUUGUGUGAGAAGACAUGUGAGAGUGGCAUGCUAUCUUCCCCCCAGUACUCUCCCCAGGAACUGGGAGAGCUCUGGAGAUUAAAGGAACUAUGUGGAGAUCCAUGUAGAUGUGAGGAAAGAUGAUGGACUUGCCUUGGAAAACAGGGUAGUGUAUAAUGAUCAUGGAAAAGUGUACAUUUGGAUUCAUUUCUGGAACAAUAAGAAAUAUUAAGAUACCUUUUAAUGUUGGGUUUCAACUAAAGUAUAACAAUAUUUGCACAUCCCUUUUGAUAAUUACAAGUGGACUGAUACUAUUCAUUUUCUAUAGUAUAGAUGGUGAUCUGACAAAAACCAAAAUGUUCAAGAUAAAAAAAUCCUUUUUAUAUAAAGUCAAAGACCUACUUGUAAUUAAUAAAUGCACAUAAGAAUGCCAA